GCGGACGAUGAACGCAGCUAUGGUAGCAGAGAACUUCGGGGAGGCAUGUCCGGCGUCGGCGCCUUUCUUCGGCUACAUGGGAGCAGCAGCUGCUCUCAUCUUUGCAAAUCUUGGAGCCGCCUAUGGCACCGCCAAGUCAGGAGUUGGCAUCUGCUCCAUGGGUGUCAUGCACCCUGGUCUCAUCAUGAAAUCCAUCAUCCCCGUGGUUAUGGCUGGUGUGAUUGGAAUCUACGGGUUCAUCAUUGCCGUUGUCGUCGGAACUAAGAUCAAGGAGCCUGUUGGCGGCGGCUCCCAGGCUGUCACCCCCCAGUACACCCUCUUCUCCGCCUUCGGUCACCUUGGCUCUGGCCUCACGGGCGGCUUGAGCGGUCUUGCUGCUGGUAUGGCCAUCGGCAUUGUCGGAGACGCUGGUGUUCGCGCCACUGCCCAGCAGCCGAAGCUCUUCGUUGGCAUGAUCCUUAUUCUUAUCUUCGCUGAGGCUCUCGGUCUCUACGGGCUGAUCGUCGCCCUCAUCAUGUCCUCGUCAGGAGGAGGAUCUUGCCCUUCCGCAUAAACAGAAGCCUGAGACUCGCUCCCUGCUCUUCUGUCUGUUGAAGUCUCACAACGGCAAGUCGCCGCCCAUCCCCUCUCAGCCAUUAUUAAUAGAGAUUUAACUCGUGGCAUAUUAAAGUGUCAGAUACUGU